AUGCCUACCUCGGCGUCUGCCUCGGCGGUGAUGCAUGCCUACCGUGCACAUAAGGCUUCGAUGCGGAAACAUGUCAUGCACAAGUACCGUAUCUUGGGCUUUCUAAAUUCUGGUACCUACGGUCGCGUGUACAAAGCGGAGGAAUGGCGGCGUACGGAUCCGUCUGCCCCACGUGUGUAUGCCAUUAAAAAGUUCAAGUUGGAUAAAGAGGAUGAUGUUACCACCUUUCGAGGGAUCAGCCAAAGUGCCAUUCGCGAAAUCGCGCUAAACAAAGAGCUACAACACGAAAAUAUUGUCUGGUUACGUGAGGUCAUGCUGGAAGACAAUUCCAUUUUUCUUGUGUACGAAUUUGUGGAUCAUGACUUUUUGCAAAUCAUUCAUCACCACCUUACCGUUCUACGCACCUCCAUCUCUGGCGCCGUGAUCAAGUCGCUUAUGUGGCAGCUCCUCAACGGUAUCAAGUAUCUCCACGAGAAUUGGGUAAUGCAUCGCGAUUUAAAGCCUGCGAACAUCUUGAUGAAUGCACGAGGCGUCGUCAAAAUCGGCGAUUUGGGCCUUGCACGUUUGUAUGCUGACCCACUGAUCUCCUUGUACACCAGUGAUAUGGUCGUAGUCACGAUCUGGUAUCGUGCGCCUGAGCUCUUACUGGGUGCUCGUCACUACACGCCUGCGAUUGAUUUAUGGGCUACAGGGUGUAUAUGGGGCGAGCUGAUGGCCUUGCGUCCCAUGUUCAAAGGUGAAGAGGCACGCAUGAAUCCCAAAACCAAAGUGAUUCCUCUGCAGUCCAAUCAACUCGGCAAGAUUGUCGACGUGCUAGGUAUGCCUACAGCAGAUCGCUGGCCGAAAAUCAACGCGAUGCCGGACUAUGCGGCAUGGAUAGCUACACGCAGAGCGGAAAUGGUACCCAAAAUGCUCUAUCAAUGGUACAUUGACCGAUCUGGCACGUCCAGCGGCUUUGAUUUGUUUGACAAGCUGCUGCAAUACGACCCUGAUCGACGUAUCACAGCAGCAGAAGCACUCCAACACCCAUGGUUCUCUGAAGCACCGCUACCACAAUCAAUAGUAUGUGCUAGCGUUGCAUCGCUGACCAUAGAAAUCGGCGUAGGAUUGGUCUCAGGCGGCGUGUUUUUCCUGUUUAUGGGCAUCGUGCUCUUUUUUGACGCCACGCUCCUGGCGCUCGGCAACAUUCUUUUCGUCUCUGGUAUUGCGCUUCUGAUCGGACCCCAAAAGACCUUGUUGUUCUUUGCCCGCAAGCAGAAAAUGCGUGGCACAAUCUGCUUCUUUACGGGCAUGGCUCUCGUAUUUUUGCACUGGUCGAUUAUCGGUAUUGUGAUCGAGACCGUGGGCUUCCUAAACUUGUUUGGUGACUUUUUCCCUGUUAUCCUCACAUUUUUGAGGCAGGUACCCGGCGUGGGUCAUCUUCUCACCUUGCCUGGUGUGGCCCAAGUCAUGGAUCAACUGGCUGGUGCGCGUCGCUCCGCUGUGUAA